CGCAGCCACGGCGCCCGGCUCGCUGGCCGGCCUCCGCCGAAGCCCUCUCCUCUUCUCCCCCCGCCCGACCCUCUCGGCUCCUCCUCUCGCCUCCAACCAGCCGCGACCGCCGCGUGUCUCAUUCAUCCGCAGUGCCAGAGAGCGACGUUCGCUGCGCGGCCGGGCUCGUUCGCGGUAGCUGCUUGGAAGCCCCGGCUGAGGGCGAGAGGCUGCCUGGCCGCCGCCUCCUCUGAGGCGAAGAUGUCGAGCUGAACUACAACACACAGACAGGAGGAGGAGGAGGGAAGGGGCUCCUCCGGCGGCCGCACCAUGUCCCUGCCUCCUAUCGCGCCACCACCUGCUGCCGCGCCCCGACUCCAGCUCCGGAAUGCGCAGCAGCCGACCCCGGGGGCUCCCAAAAAGGCACCACCGGCGCCCCCCCUCGCGCCAGCCAAGCCCCCUCGGAAAGGUCGCGGCGGCGGGGUCCCCGCGGAGCGCCCCGGCGGCACCUUCUCGAGCUCUUGGCCCAGCGCUUCUCUCCCGAGGCAGCUGCCGCGCAACAGAGGCGCCCCGCCGCCGCCGCCGCCCGCCAGGAACCCGCCCGCCACAGCCGCUCCGGCCGUGGGGCCGCCUCCGUCUCCGGCGUCGCGAGGCCGCUCGGUCGUGGGGCUGCCGGGCCCGGGCGCGCGCUCCUGCGAGAGCCUUUGCGCCGCGGCGCAAGCGGGGCGCGGGGAGGCCGCGCUGCGCUUCUCGCUCAGCCUGCCUCCCGAGGCGAUCCGGGUGCUGCAGCGCCGGAGCCUGGAGAAGCAGCUGCAGCAGCAGCGGCGGCCACGCGGGAGGACGCCCCGCUCCGCCUCCCCGGACGCCGCGAAGCGCCCCCUGGCUGGGUGCUCGGCCGCCGCCGCCGGGGGAGACUUGCGCGCCCUGCUGCAGGUGUCGCUGCUCAACGAGCGCCACCGCUACGACGACGUGGAGUACGAGGAGGAGGCCGACGGCGAAGGGGCGGCCGGCGUCCCCGGAGCGUGCGCGGCCGACGAAGGGCUGGUGCGCAAGUGCACCGAGUGGCUCCGCGGCGUCGAGAGCGCCGUCGCCCGCGACCGCGCCGACAAGCUGGACACGCUGCCGCACUUGGGCACCCUGUGAGCGGCCGGCCGGGGGCGCCUUUUCCCGGGAGCCCGAAAGAAAGAGCUCUCGGCCAAGAAGCAGGCAGACCAGAGCCCGCCAUUCUGCUCCUCGGGGUUGUGUCGUGGUUCGUUCUUCGUCUCCAAAGGCCGCCUUCCCACAUCACCUGUUGUUGACUGUGAACGGAUUUCCUUCUCUGUCGGGGGAAAGCUCUUCCACCGUCCUGGCCUGCGACUGUGUGUGUGUGUUUUCUGAAAAAUAACAUAACACGUUGCGUUAGGAUGAGCUUCCAAGCUUAACCACGCCUCUGUCCGUUAUAAGAAUUGCUUUCAUCUCGACCCUUUUUCAGUGGACGAACAAUUCAUCUCUAUGCAGAUAGUGCGUGGAAGGAAAUGUGCUUAAUCGCCCCCUACACCCUUUUGAACUUGAGAGGUGUCUCUCUCUUGGGCACCCUGCGCUAGGAAUCUGUUCCACAUUUGUUUGGGGUGGUUGUUGUAAGAAAAGGAAAGUUAUUGCUCAAAAUCUUAAUCGAAAAAGACAGUUUUUCUGAUGAUCUUAUGGAAAACCAACCCUUUGUGUUAUUUUUGGCUGGAGUAAUAGAGACAAUAGCUUUAAGGAGAUGGGGAACGAAGUACCGCCUCUCCGUGUAUAGAUUUUACUGUGGCCAAAUGUAAAUGUUGAACUUUUUCAUGCUUGUGUAACUUAUUAUGGUAACAUAGCAAUGCGUUUUUAUUUUUGUAGCCUGUGAAAAGAACAGAGUGCACAGAGACAGCUGAAUAUGUUUUGUCACACUUUAUAAAAGCAUAAUUCACAGCCUGAGGUCCAGGAGAAGGUAAGGAAUCUUAAUAGUUUUUCCAAUUUUUCUUCCCUGUUCCUGAGACUGCGAAGUUUAGGAAAGAGCUUUUGUGCUACAUGAAUAAGUGCAGGUGACUCCAAAGAAAGAGGCUGUGUACAGUACAAAAACUUGGCACAAACUGUUCAGUACAGUACUAACAAACUUUUUAAAAAGUACGUUGUAAAUGAAUAGCACAGUGAUUUUGUAAAUUUGUAAUAUUUCUAUUUAUUUGAAUAAACAGUUAAAAUUGGUGAGGAAGCAUAUUUUGCCUGUUUAUUCUGCUACUCCACAGUUAUGGGGUGGGACGGGAAAUAAAGGAUAUACUGUUGAACAA